GCGAGUUUACGCAUUCAUUAUCGCUCCGCUCCGGAGUUCCCGUGUCUUCCUCCUACACCACCACCACCACCUACUUCUCAUCUUCACCACCGCCACAAUCAUCAUCAUCCUACUCCCCCCCCCUACACCCCACGAUAUCAAGACGAGGGGAGAGUACGUGCUUGGGCAGCCGUAGCAGCAGCAGCAUGGCCGGGCAGUUGCAAGGGGUUCAAGUCCCGGACGAUUCUGCGUUCAUCUCGUUCCGCGCGCAGUGCGACUCUGACUCGGGCUGGCUGCAGUGCUACAGCCGCAGCGGGGUCACGGUGUGGUGCCAGCCCCCCGCAGAGGGACAGUCCGUGCAGAAACUCAAGAUGCGCCUCGUGUGCAAGGACGUGCAGGCGGACACCAUGUGCGACGUGCUGCACGACGCCGCCUACCGCCACAAGUGGGACGCGAACGUCAUCCAGACGCACGACAUCGGGCGUCUCACCGCCAACGCCGACGUCGGAUACUACGCCUGGAAGUGCCCGAAGCCACUGAAAAACAGAGACUUUGUCACCUUGAGGUCCUGGCUUCCCCUGGAGAACGAUUACCUCAUCAUCAACCACUCGGUCAAGCACCCGAAAUUUCCGCCGAAGAAGGAUUUUGUCCGAGCGGUGUCCAUCCUCACAGGCUACCUGGUGCGGUCUCACGGGAACAACGGCUGCACCCUCAUCUACCUGACCCAGCUUGACCCCAAGGGCUCUUUGCCGAAGUGGGUGGUGAACCGGGCUUCUCAGAUGCUGGCUCCGAAGGCAAUGAAGCGGAUCCACAAGGCGUGCGUCAAGUACCCGGCGUGGAAGCGCCGCCACGAGCCGCAGCACAAGCCGUGGCUCUACCCGGAGCAGAGCAACCUCCCGUCGGUGCGGCUCGCCGAGCUGGCGCUGCAGCGCUGCGACUCGCUGGAGCACAUCGACGAGAGCGCGCUGGCGGAGGCGUGCGACGACCACGCAGAGCUCAGCGAGGACGACGACAACGCUAACUGAGCGGCGUGAGCCCAGUCCCGACGCUCUUCUCCUCCUCCUCACUCCCUCC